AUGACAGAUCCUCGUAUCGUAAUAGGGCUCGACUUCGGCACCACCUAUAGCGGUGUCGCUUGGGCGCUGAGUGAUUCUCCCAAUGAGACUGAAGUGAUAACUUCAUGGCCAGGAAGUGGUAAUAAGACGACCCCCAAAGUCCCCAGCACAAUGACAGUCAAGUGCGGGGGACGGUUGCAGUGGGGAUAUCAGACCAGCUUCUUCGGAAACCACAUCCGAGGUGUCAAACUCCUCCUUGAUAAGUCCCAAGACCCAGAAUAUGUGGCUUCUCUGGAGUCUGCCGGAUUCAUCAAGAAGAACUGGCGGUCUCCCGUCACCUACGCUGGCCGGUAUCUCGAGCAGUUGGUUUUGCAUACCAAAAACGUCCUCCAGAAGCGGUUCGGUCCUGCAGUCCAAAGCAUGGAGAUGCAGUAUGUGCUUACUGUACCGGCCAUCUGGUCGGACAAGGCCAAGGACGCUACCAUGAGGGCCGCUCUGAAGGCGGGUAUCCCACAUCAGGACAUUUCUUUGGUAUCUGAGCCCGAGGCGGCAGCCUUGCACUGUAUGACUGUUAUUCGGCCGAACACGAUCCGGGAUGGUGAUGUAGUCGUAGUGUGUGACGCUGGCGGUGGUACCGUGGAUCUCAUAUCGUACUGUGUGAAAACGGUCUCCCCCUUGUGUCUCGAAGAACUGGUCGAGGGCACUGGUGGCAUCUGUGGAUCCAUGAUGCUUGAUGUGGGAUUUACCAAGUUCCUCGAUUCUCUGAUCGACAAGAAGAAAGUCCCCGACAAGGCUCGUGAAAUGGCUUUACGAUUUUGGCAGGACAAUAUCAAGCCCAACUUCGCUAGCGACCCGAAUUUUCUGGAGGAGACUCACUUCGUGCCUCUUCCCGGAGUCAAAGACAACAGCAAAAUUGGCCUGCGAGACGGGUUUCUCCAAAUGGAUGGAACUCAGGUCAAGGCCAUCUUCGAUCCGAUCGUGGAUCAAGUCCAAGACCUAAUUGAGGGCCAGGCUGCAAGAGCCAAGGAGUCGGGCAAGUCAGUCAAGACCAUCCUUCUGGUCGGAGGGUUCGGAGCAUCCGACUAUCUCUACCAGUGUGUUCAAAAAGCCCACAGUGGCAUUAUUGUGAUGCAGCCACCAAAUUCGGGAGCCGUCCGACAUGGCACUGAGGGCAACAAGGUCGGGAAGCGUAUUGCAAGACGCCACUAUGGGGUCAGGUUCCGCACCGACCACAAGAAAACCCUGAAAAAGUACCCAAAAUCUGCACAUAAGUGGUGCGACUUGACCGAGAGGUGGUAUGUUCACCAUAUGACGGAGUGGUAUAUUCAUAAGGGAGCCGAAAUCCUCGAAAACACGCCCGUCCGAUUUCAUUUCUGCCGGACCAUUCCAUGUGACGGGACGCCUGUGUUUGAGGACAAGCUUUAUGUCUGUGGCGAUAACGUAGCCCCAAAGCGCCUCAAUGAGAGGGUUUUCAGUGUGUGUACCCUGAAGAGCGAUCUCCGCGCGAUUCCAACUCGACUCUUUAAGGAAAAGAGUAAUAGCAAGGGCAUGCAGUACUACUGUAUUGAGCAUGACUUGGUCAUGACCCCACGGUCUGGAUCCAUUGAUUUUGAGCUGCAGUUCAAUGGGGCUUCAUAUGGGCAUGUUGAGGCAACUUAUUGA